AUGGACAGGGAAGAUGGUAGAAUGGUGAUCAGGGGACGCGCAGAGAUUGACACUGAUGCCCCAUUCAAGUCUGUUAAAGAAGCAGUUAUGUUGUUCGGAGAAAGAGUAUUGGUUGGGGAAAUUUAUGCCAACAAGCUCAAAGAGAUGCGAGUUGAAGCUAGUGAAACUGGGAGUGCACAAUCCAGAGUGGGACCAUUGUCCACUGAGCUAGAAGAAACAAAGCAAAGCCUUCAGAGAGCUAGAGAAGAGGCUAACUUCAUGGCUCAAUGCUUAAAGUCCCUCAAAAUGGAACUUGAACAGACAAAGAAAGAACUAGAAGACACAAAGGCCAGAGAAUUGAUGUUGCUUCAACGAAGGGAUGAUCCAGAGACUGAAGACCUUAAGUUCAUUGCAAAUGCAACCAAUGUGGGAAUCAGAACACAAAUGGAUGAAGAGGUAACUGAGUUCCAAAAAAGAAGAUACGUGAAAUUCGCAAGCCCUCAUGCACUAGCUCAAGUUAUUCCCAAUAAGGAUGAAUUGCUAGGGAAACCUCCUUCAGUUAAGAAGGCUAAACGGAAGCCAUUAGUACCUUUGAUAGGUUGGCUUUUCUCUAAAAAGAAGGGAAGCCACGAAGUCGACUCUCCCAAAGCCUAA